AUGGCAUCGGGGUUUGCGCCCGUACUCGUCUGCUUCGUUCAUGCGCAUCACCGCACACAAACACACACACACACACACAUACUCACGCUCACUCGCACACAAAGCGAAGCAAAAGGCACGAGAGAGGUCGAAUACCCCUCCCUGCGAGUCAGCACCAUGCAGAAUCUGAUGCAUGGAAACAUCUGA